UUCUUGAUCGAUGAAACGUGGAGAUUAGUUUGACCAAUCGUCAAGCUUGUGAUAUGGGAUGAAAGGUGCAGGUACCAGUAAAUUGUCUAUAUUGCUGCAUGUUUUCUUAAUUGUACCACAUCUGUUUCUUUCUUCUCUUUUUGACUUUAAGUAAACUCUUUUCAGUAUUUUCAUCAUGCUGUUUUCUUCAAUCGCAGCAGUGUUAUCUCUGCUAUGUACUCAAGCACUAGCGAAUUCACCAAGAGAUUCGGCUGCAAGUUAUAAUAAUCUCAACUCAUUCAUUGCUUCCGAGAGAAAAAUUGCUUUGCAAGGCGUUCUCAAUAAUAUUGGACCAGAUGGAUCAAAAGUGUCAGGAGCAGGCAACUAUGUUGUUGCAAGUCCAUCUAAAGCUAAUCCGGAUUGUGAGAGCAACAUUCUCGGUUCCCCAAGACAGUUUAUGCUGAUGACUUGAAGAUUUCUACACUUGGACACGAGACUCCGCCUUGACGUUAAAGAUGAUUGUUGAUGAAUUUAUCUUUGGCAAUCGUGCACUCCAACCUCAGAUUGAGAAAUAUGUAAAGGCUCAGGCUAUCCUUCAAACUGUUACGAAUCCUUCUGGUUCUCUUCUUUAUGACGGUCUUGGUCUCGGUGAACCAAAGUAUAAAGUUGAUGGUACCCAAUUUAAUGGCGGUAUGUAAACCUUCAAGAAGAGAUUUUGGCAACUGCUGACUUUCCUCAGCAUGGGGUAGACCUCAGCGUGAUGGCCCAGCUCUUCGUGCCAUUGCUUUAAUGGCUUAUAGUAAUUGGUUGAUAAAUCAUAACCAAUUUCAAAGAGCCAAGCUAGUUAUAUGGCCUAUUAUUUCCAACGAUCUAUCGUACAUUGGAGAGUAUUACAACCUUACUUCGUUCGACUUGUGGGAAGAGGUACUUGGAUCAAGCUUCUUCACUGUACAAAAUCAACAUCGUGCUUUUAUUGAAGGACAAACUUUGGCUAAUAAACUCGGAGUUGAAUGUACAGGAUGUCUUAAUGCACCCGAAGCCCUUUGUUUUCUCUCUCAAAGUUUUUGGAAUGGUGAAUAUAUCAUUUCAAAUAUUAAUGUGGAUAAUGGAAGGACUGGAUUAGAUGCAAAUUCUAUCCUUGGGUCAAUAUCUGUUUUCGAUGUUGAUGGAUCUUGUGAUAGUCCAAAUCUACAACCUUGUAGUAGCAAAGCGUUAUCAAACUUUAGAGCUGUUGUCAAUAGCUUUCGAGGGAUUUAUGGUAUCAAUGCUGGUAUUAAGAAUAAUUCAGGUAUUGCUGUUGGAAGAUACGCUGAAGAUGUUUAUCAAGGAGGAAAUCCAUGGUACGUCCUUCAACCAAUCAGAUCUAUCUAUUAAUAGCUAACUUUUUAGGUAUUUAAUCACCACUGCUGCCGCAGAAUUUCUCUAUGAUGCUGUUGCACAAUGGAAAAAUCAGAAAACCCUGACCGUUGACUCGAUAUCCAUCAACUUCUUUCGCGAUCUCUAUCCAACCAUCAAGCUUAAAAGCUAUACCAACAAGGACAAUGAAUUCACCAAAAUACUGAACGCUGUUACAACAUAUGCCGAUUCUUUCGUCACAGUCGCGCAGAAAUAUACACCCAUGAAUGGAUCUCUAGCUGAACAAUUCGAUCGCAAUACUGGAACCCCCAUCUCAGCAAAUGACCUAACAUGGAGUUACGCAGCAUUCGUCACAAUGGCUCAAAGACGUUCCGGUCAAUAUCCCGCCAGCUGGGGAAGUUCAGCAUCAUCCGUCCCACCACCAAACUGCGCACCUUCAUCAACACAAGGCGUAUACAUCCCAGCCAUUGCAGCAGGCGCGCCGAACAUAACAGCAACAUGUAAAUACGCAGUCCAGUUCUACGUCAACGCUACAACAUAUUAUGGCGAAAAUAUAUAUGUUAUUGGCAACACUACGGAUCUUGGAAAUUGGGAUUUAGAUAGCGCGUUACCGAUGAAUGCGGGGAUGUAUACGACGGAAUAUCCAUUAUGGUAUGUGGAUACGAAGUUGACGGCUGGGGACACGGUUAGUUAUGUCUUUGUUAGACAGCAGAAUUGUGGUCAAGCUCCGAUUUAUGAGAGGGGGAAUAGGACGGUCACGAUUCCGGAGUGUGGGACUGGAGGGACGAAGGUUAUUAGGGCUGCUUGGGUUGGGAAUGUGGGGAGUAGUGGGGGUUGUUAGGUUUGUGUUGCUUCGCUAGGGUAGUGAAGGAUGAUUCAUUAUGAAAUUUUUAUUGAGUUGUGGGUUAAGAUAAUUUUACAUGCUUUGAAUCAUUUUUUGAUAUCGUAUACAUAAGAUUACAAAACUCACGCAAUC